AACGAGACAAAACUCCACCUCACUCUCCGCUGGCGAUGAAACUCAGACAACGUCCACCGGCUUCGUUGGGCCCUGAAGUACAAUGUUCGUCGGUGUCCAACAGCAACUAACAACAAAAUGUCCGCUAGACUGCGCCGCUUCUCAGGGGUUCAUCGGAUUCGUAAAGUGGUUUCACCAGAACUGCGAAGACGACGACGGCGAGCGAGGAGGAUUCACUACAAUGGCCUUGGACGUGGCGGCUGCAAGAGGCCAUCUCCUGGUGGUGAAAUACUUGUCCGAGUCGCGACCCCAAAUAGAGCGCAUCGACAUCUGGACAACGGCGAUUCGCGCAAGGAUGUCGGGCAACGAAUCCCCGAAACUUCCAUCAAGCAUGGAGCCAUCAGCGUCACCAGGCCAUACUCGGACGGUGAAGCCCAGUCGCGGGCCUCCUGGGACCUGGUGCGGACCCUCUGUCCACCGGACAAGACGUCCGACCCGCUAUCGACACCCCUCCUCGUGGUGGGGGCCCGGAACACGCUGUAAUCCGCUUUCAGACGGCGGUGCAGACCGCGGCUGCUGUGCCUGUCUCGGUUGCGUCAAAAACACGGCCCCACGCCCGAAUGAAUUCCGCCGACAUCAACGUCCGCAAGAUCCGCGAUGGCCGCGCCCGAGAGAUCAUUCGCGCUCGCUUCUCGUUUGGCGCGCGACUACGAGUGAUUCUCACCUAUCGAGUCAAUGAAACCAAGUGCUGCAUAUCCGGUGUUAACGGACUCUAUUCGCGUAGAGGAAGCGUUUCUUUGUUUUAUGCUGAUGGGCCCUGAGACAGGACACUUAAGGCUGGCAUAUAUAUACAGUAUGUGGGUGCCAAAAGCAGACUCGUUCAGCAGACUUGGGCGGCAGCGGCACAAAAACAUCACCCACGAAAUCGAGACGUUGCGAGGCAGACGACGAACAGCCACCACCCAUCACCGCAGGACCAAUGAAUGGAAGUAAACUGGAAGGUUAUAUGCGCGAUAAUAAGGAGAG